GUAUCUCAUCAUCGACAAACGAGCGUGUCCACCCACAGACAGCCGCAACACAGCACAUUGAGCGCACGCACGCACGUACGCACACGCAUGGGACGCGGAAGCACGUCCGCCAACGGGGCGCACGCGGCAGAGUCGACGCUUGCGCGCGCCGCCAACGCAGCCUCCUUCUCGUCCUCGUCCUCGUCCUCGACCUCAUCCUUUUCCUCCUCAGCCAUGAACGCCGCCUCAGCGCCGCAGUCGCGAGUGGACGCCACCAUCCCACGCGGCCGCAACACCGCCUCCCCUCGCUCGCCCCCGUCAUCGUUUUCCCGCGGGUCCUCGCGCAAGAAGCCAAUCCCGUCUGCAUCCCCGGCGCACCUGCGCAUCCUCGUGUUCCAGAUGCUCCUCAUUGUUGUCAGCAUUGGGCGCGUGGCCAUGCACUCCUUCUCCGUGUAUCUGUGGCAUCUUGACAAGCCCGUCGUGUCCUUUCUUGGGUUUGCGGCCCUCAUGUCUGCCAAGCCACUGAUCAUGGCGGUGGUGCGGACAGCGGUGGGUCAGAUGCGUGCCAACCGUCGCGUCACCGUCGGCGCAGCCAUCCGGCUCCUCCUCCUCCUGCCCGUCGUGUUUUGGUUGUUCCAGUGCUUCCGCGAGCUGUGGUGGACGCACGACUGGCACAUUGUUGUGCUGUGUUGGGGGCCGGCCCUCCUUCGCGCCAGUCUUCUGCGCAUGGGGCCAUCGAGCGAAGCCAUCCGCCGGCUCUGGUACCAUGCUGGGCCGCCGCACUACAAGCCCGGGGCCAUGGCGGACAUUCUCAAGUAUCUGGCGCGAUAUGGGACCCUGCGUCUCUUGGAGACCACGUGGUACUUUACCAUCCUCCCCUUCCUCCUCAUCCCGGACGACCACGCGGUGAUGGGCUGGCUGGAGUGCAUCGUUCUCGGCGUGUGCGGGGGCCUUGAUCUCAUUGCCCUCGAGUGCACACAGCCAUAUUGCAGCUACUGGGAGCGCCUGUACGAUUGCGCGUGCAUGCUCGGGCGCUGGCAGCCGUGUCGCACAACCGGCGGCCAAACGUGGACGGCAGGCCAAGUGUGGGCGCGGGGCGAUGUUGUUCGUCAUCGCAAAAAGUUUUACAAGGCACUCGACCAAAAGAACACGGCCGAGCCGAGCAACCGCCUCUCGCGCGUGUUCUGGUCGCUCUUCCGCCACCCGGCCAGCGCCAUGGCCCAAGUCGCCCUCAUCCAGAUUGGCGUCAUAGUGGUGCAGUUUCUCGGCCUCCUGCUCGCUCGCCACUGGUUCAUGGUCUCUGUCUGGGGCGGGAGCAUCCUGCUGUCGUACAUGUCGCUGAGCCACACGCUGGCGCUGCGACGGGGAAUGUUGCGGGAGUGCGCACGCAUGCAGCACGCGUCACCAAACCAAAUUGCCGCCAAGUACUGGCACUAGUCACCCUCUUCCCUUCCAAACACACACACACACACACACACACACACACACACACACACACACACACACCUCAGCUAUUUGGUCAGAAAAGAGGAGCACAUGCGCCCUGCUCUCGAUGUUUCCACGCAAUCUUCACCGCUGCUCUCACAUGUCGGAUGGCAUGAGGAUUGCAACUCUCCUGCCCAGCGUUGCUUAAUCCCAUGCGACAUUGGGUCGAGUGGUUCAAUUAAAAGCAGUGCAGUCUCA